AUGAGAACCCAAUUUCUGCUUGCAAACCUUCUCUUAGGGUACGUGGUGUUGGCCUUUGGGAUGGAAAUCAAAUAUAUUAAGUAUUGCGGUAAGUGAUAGUCAUGAUGGUUAACGAGCGUUGAAUUUUUUAAUUACUAAAAGUAGAGAUGAAAAUAACAACAAUAAUAGUGCUCGCGAAGCGAGUUUAUAAUCGCAUCGCACGCGUGGUCUUAGCGACCUGCAAAGUCGGCCGGCCAAUAUACAGCUAUUUCCAGAAAGGUUGUCGGAAAAAGUGCACGCGACAAUCCCGAAAGGCAUUGUGGGCGGUUUUGAGUUCACUGUUCUUCAGAGAAAUUUGAAAGAAUUGGCACGAAGGGCCAUGAAAAUGUGUUUGCGAGUGCUAACGGAAUGCAACAAAAGUAGGUUCGACAGCGCUACAGUCGUCAGGAACAGUGUAUCGAUCAUAUCCCAUAUUACCUUGCAGGAUUGCCUCUAUCCUGAGAUCAUGCCCUCUCCCCAUUAUCCCUUUAAGUCUCUCACGGGAAGAGGGGCGUUAUUUUUUUUCCCCUCUCGAGCCAAAGAAACAAAGACGCCAAAGAAAAAAAGCGCAAAAAAAAAAAACGCCUGAUCUCAGGUUAGAUUGCCUCGUGCACAUUUUUUUUUCAACGACCUUUCUCGAAAUAGCUGUAUAUUUCUAUGUAUAUCGCGAUGUCCGCCCUGACGUCACUAUUGUUACGUCACAGCGCAUUUUGUGUUUCUCGACAACAUCAAAAAAACCGCCACAAACCUGGCCCAGUUGUUUUAGCGGCGGUUUAAGAGGUCAAGAAAUACUUUUAGCGAUAAAUUUCCAAAUUAGAAGUACCUUUAACAGAAAAUAGAUGCGAUUUGGACAAUUAGCUUCAAAAAAACAGCGGAAAUAGAGGUAUGAAGACACUGUUUUGCGUCCUACUUGGCAGACGAGUUGUAUCGCCUUUUUGGGCAUGUUGUUUUUUUUUUUUUCAAUACGAUUAAAUGCGUUAAAAUUCGUUUUUUACCGUCACUAGCCCGAUUAUUUUCCAGAAAUAUAUGUUUGAUUUCGUGUUUAAUACGGCUCGAUCAGCUUUAAACAGUGUUUACCAGUGAAAGUUCUAUGGAAAAGGAAUUAAAUUAAACACUUUCCCCACUACUUGCGAAGUCUCCUCGGUAGUGUAGUGGUAAGGAUAAAUCGCGCCGAGCAGAAGUAGUAGGGUUCGAAUCCUGUAAAGGCACUCUUUUUGUUUCUUUUUCUUCUUCCUUUUUUUUUUCCCGCUAUUGGUUUGUGUUCUUUUUAAUAAGAAAAAAAGGGUCUGUUAAAUUCUCGUAAGAAAGGGUAUAGCUUCUUUCCCUUUCUUCCUACCUCUGGCCCUUUUAAUAGCCUCUGCUUCGCGAGGCUCUGCGAUUCACGUAUUUCUAGUUAUCAUGUAAUUGAGAAGAUUAAGAUAAAAGUAAGAUUGAUAAGACAUUGUCCAAACCCAUCAGUGUUAAGGUUACUGUCCUCCUUCAUGUACAUAUUCUUUUGAAGACCUUAUGAUUUUCGCUGCAUCUGAAAGAAAAGUCAACCGGGUCAUAAACAUGGUCAAAACAGCUAUGAAGAUGUGGGGAUCGAGUGGAACUCCACGAAGUGAGCAGUGGUUCAAGUGAAAACCAGUUUGCCUUGCCCAUGCUAGGUGAUCUUAUGUGGACGCAACAGUGGCCGAUGGAUCGACAGAUGAUUGACAGGGAAGCUCGGAAGACUGUUAUUGAGAACGGAGGAAGGCACCCCUGUCGCUUGAAUGCGAUAUUCUACCUACCUAAAGAGAAGAGGGGAAGGCCAAAGUUCGGCUCAGAUGUAUAAUAAAGCCACGAAGGGUGCUGUUAGACCCCAUUGUAAUGAAGACCCAGCCAUAAACAUGCGGCGGGAAUUUAGAGACCGGACGGAGAAGAUAAGACGGAGGUCCAUGAUUAAAGAAGAGUUUAGGUUUGAGGAGGAGCUUGGUGUCGAGCUUAAUCUCGAGCACCCGCGUUCAGUCAAGAGGGAAUUGCGAAAGUGUCAAGUAGAGAAGCUAGAGGAGGGAGUGAGAAAUCAAAGAUGGCAUGAAGUCUAGCUUCAUUUACAUUACAGGACGACAAGUUGAAUAUUGAGGGGUGUUUCUGCUGGCAAAAUGAGUGGAAGAUCUACCCUACAUAGAAGCAUUUUCUGAACUAUACGAGCAGCUAUUACCAACUCGGUUAUGCAAUCAUUGUGCAGGCUUGGCGGCAAGACCAACAGAGAGUGUGACUCACAUUUACAGUGAUUACAGCGGUUCUUUAUGGAUGAUGAUGGCUAUAGCAGCAGGGUCUCCUCACCAUCGUGAAGACGUUCAGCAGUGAUAUUAAGAUGGAGUUUGGCCUUGAUAAGUGUGCAAAAGCCACCUUCAAAAGAAGGCGCCUUACCAGCACUAGCAAUAUCCAUAUCGACAACUCAGCCACCAUCAAAGAACUGGAGCAAGAAAUAACUUACAGUAACUUACCUUCAGAGAAAUUCUAGGAAACCUCAACCUCUGGGAAAUUCAAAAGACAGAAUUACUGGGAACGGCACAUAUUCUACAGAAGGUCCUAUCCAUCAAGUGACAACGAAGACAAGGUAACCCACAAGUGCCUCAGGUUCAAGGUUUCGAGCCGGCCCUUGGAGAGGAAAUACGGUCUCAUGUACUUAACACUUAUAACAAUCAUAAUAAUAGCUUAGAUAGAUUGAUAGCCGGGGUGAGAAAGAUCAUUCGCGAGAGUGGAGGUAAACAGCCACUCAGCUUCAAGUCUGUUAUAUACCUGCCAAGAGAUAAGGGAGGGUGUGGCUUGCGAUCUUGGGCAGAAAUAUAAACUCAUUAAAAUCAAGGCAGCAUUGAAACUGUAUCAGAACCCAGAACCUUCCAUAAGGGCCGUUCAGAUGUUUUAAGAGAAAGCAGCUAAGAAAGGGCAUUCAUCGCUGGUUACUGAAGCACAUAAGUUCGGAGAUGAACUGGUGGCUAGUCUAACCCUUAAACAUUCAGACCCAUGGUGUGAUUUGCACAAGGGCUCAGAGGAACUGAUUGAAGUAGCAAGGUAAACGCGCGCCUAAAGAAAGCUGCAAUGGAUAAGUUUCGAGAAAAAAGAUCAAGGCAGAAAAGUGGUACGGACAUCUGCCUUCUUCUCCUUGGCAAGACGAGGAGCUAUGUCAAGAAGGAUGCUUUGCUUGGUUAAGAGAGUGGACGUCUGCACCUAUCCACAUCCUUGCUGGUGUAAUGGAGCUCUACGAGCACCUAACACCAACCAGCGUGUAUACAUCUUCUAAGACAGGAACCACCCAGGGCGAUGUACCGUGUAGGUUGUGCGGAAAAGCUGCAGCGACCCUCUCACACGUUCUAUCUGUGUGUUCCGCCCUAGUCAAAUUAUUUGAACCGACAAAAUGCCGCGUUGAGGAUACUUUUCUUCGAAAUGUGUUAACACCUAAAAUUGGUGGACUCUAUUCCCCCAUGGUACUAGCCAGUAACACCUAAACCAAUGUACGAGUCAUCUGAUGCGCAAGCCAUCUGGGAUGUGCCGGUUUUCGCUGAACAUACCAUACCUUUUAUUAUUGUUCUUCAGUGUGGCAUUUUUGUGGAACACGCAACAGUGAAAAGCUGGAGGCAGUUAAUAAGCGCAUUCUUAGAUUUAUUUUAAAUGAUUAUACUUAUCACUACACCACUUUGCUUAACAAGGUUGAAAUGACUUCUUUGUAUAACAAGCGCAUUCAGAAUUUUGUAAUACUAGUUUACAAGAGUCUAUUUUUUAAUGAGAAUUAAUGAGUAUCCAACUUAUAUGAGGAAUAUGUUUACUGUUCGCCAUACAACCCAUAAUUUGCGCGGUACCCAUAUGUUGACUCUAAGCAAGCCUAGAACAACAACCUAUGGGCUCCACUCUUUUUCUUAUUUUUCCGCCCAGCAGUGGAACGAUCUUCCCGACGAAUUAAGGAACUGUACUUUUAAAGAUUUUAAGCGACGUCUUCAAAGUCGCAAUACGUUUAAUUAGUUUUCACUAAUUUUUGUCUUCUUUUGCGCGUGUAGUUUUUUUUCAGUUUUUAGAGAUUUUAAUUUCUUUCUCAAAGACAUAAGCCAUAUAGUGUAGCUACUCUAAACUUCGAGUUGAAAUAAAGGUUAAUGUAUGUAUGUAUGUACGUACGUAGGUACGUACGUACGUACGUACGUAUGUAUGUAUGUAUGUAUGUAUGUAUGUAUGUAUGUAUGUAUGUAUGUAUGUCAUUUUGAGGCUAACAGUGUGGAUGCGCGGUUUGAGGGAAAGAAAGUCUGGGCAGUGGAGAUGAGUUGUCAGUGGGUGUAGAAUCGUGGAAAGAAGGAUGAGGAGAAGACAGCCAAGUACGGUCCUCUGUGAUAAGAGCUGAGGAGGCAAUACCCAGGUUAUAAUACUGUCAUUGAUGUGCUAGAAGGGUGGUCUAAGGAACUUGAGCUGAAAAGAACUUGAGCUCAAAAAGUUUGUAAAUCAGGCUUUUUCCUAACCUAGUUGGAAGCAAUCCAAGAACACCUUUCCUCUUAAGCAAUAAAUUUAAGACCGAAUCCAUCAGGAAAUUGAUUAAUUUUAAUUUUUAAACAAUAUCGCAUUCUUUUUUUCAAGGGCUAUAGAUGUAAUUAGUUAGCUAUGAUAACACCAACGAAAAUUUUUUAUGAGAGCCCGAGAAAAUAAAUAUCAGUUUUUACUAAAUGACAUCUUACACCUGAAAUUUUCAGAAUUUUUACCUGUGUUUCAACAAUUCUUGUGAAAUUUUGGAAUGUACCUCAGUAAUGGUUCUUCGCAACUUGUUACAUAGUUUUAGAGGUUUAAAAUAGAUUUCGCUUUAGACAAGGAUGGCUAAAAUAAAUUUCACCCAAGUUUGAAACAGCAACUUAGGCCAUGUCUACCUGAAUCCGUACAUUUUUCAAACCGCAUAUUUUUUAUCCGGAUUCGUGUUAACGGGGCCUUAAAUCGCUCUGGAGAGCGAUUUCAAAAAUACCGUAAAAUUCCGAAAAAAAGCCCCUGGGCUUAUAUUUUUCAAAGGCUUUUUUUGAGGGGCUUAUUGGAGGGGCUUAUCUAUGGCGGGAAAUUUGCGUCUCAAAAUCGAUUGUGCUAGCCUUAUAGUUGGAAGGAAAUUUAUCGUUUUUGCUUUCCUUUACUUUGUAUUUGAGGGCAAUUUCUAAGUACAAGCCCCCGGGGAGGGAGGGGGGGGGGCUUAUAUUUGGAAGGGCUAUUUAACGGAGGGUUUUUUGCGUUACGAGUUUGGGGGACUUAUAUUUGGAGGGGCUAACAUGGAGGAGCUUAUUUUCGGAAUUUUACGGUAUGCGGUUUCGGUGUGCUGAUUCCGGCACUGGUUUCGUGUGCACGGAAGGCCGAUUCGUAUAAGAAAGUAUGCGGUUUCAAAAGUAUCCGGAUUCGUGUGGACGAAGCCUUAGGCACAUUCUUGGUUUUUUUCUGUUAUUUAACAAAAACAUUGCUUGAAGCAUUGUAGGUAAAUUUGAGCAAGUAAGCUCUUAUGUUUCAUGGUAAAUUCAUUUGUAUCAUGACAAAACUAGAAACGUUUGAAAGUAGUAUAUUGUUCCAAUGAGGGCUUUGACUGUUGUUAUUAAAAAUGUAAAUUAUAUUCCGAGCUUUAGCCGAUCAACGACAUUGUCACAGGGCAAAGAGUCUCCCGAAAGGCAUACAGAUAGUCUCUAACACAAAAGUUCCACAAAUUUGUUGCAUUCCUCACGGGAGUUACUGGCUGAGCUUGGCUGGCUCAUUGUACACUAAGCUGCGAAGAACACGCUGGUUCUGACAAAAAUUUCUCGAAAGACAUUCUGAUCAGAUAUUCUCUAAAACAAAAGGUCAGCAAAUUCGUUGCCCUCCUCACCGGAGUUGAGGGCCGGCUCAAUGUAAAUCGAGCUGCAAAAAACACGCUAGUUCUGACAAACUGAUUUGAGGGUUGAACCCUAUUCAUUGAUUAGCUGCUGCAAAACGGGAUACUAAUAGCCCUUUCAAACAAGAAAUCGUACGCUUGCUCACCUGUUAGAUCCUCAGCAACAACUCAAUAAACGCAAUCCAUAGUCCAUGACCAACACUUACACACUAGAUCACCCGGCCUCGAACCACGAGGAGUAAAUGCAAGACCGUGACGUCACUGCCCAAAUAUGGGGUAUUACUUACACCCAAAUUUGGGCAAAAAAAAAGGGUUACGCAGAUUUGAGAAAUGUUCCAAUACAUUGCGCGGCAUAAUGAAUCAGUGUUGCUUCUUAGUUCGGCUGCUUCGUUGCCAAUAAUAAUAACAUUAUAAAUUUUUUUUGUUUUGUUUUGUAAAGGUCCUAAAGACAAGACUUUGCAUUUUAGCAUCAAACCGUGGGCGGUUAUUACACCCGGCCAGGUCAUACAUAUCAACUUAACUUUCACUCCACGUGAGUAUAGGUCAUAUAUCGACUUAAUUGUCUUUAGUUUCCGCACUGUUGUUGAUUUAGCUAUUAAAACCUAGGAAUGUUAACAUGCUUCUAAGGGUGCCAAAAGGCUUAUAGUUCGGGACCGAGUUAUAUUCUACUUUUGAGCCUUAUUUGUGUUCUAUUUCCCACCAAGAGAAGUGAGUUUUUAACUAAAAUCGGGUAGAUUCUUUGUGAGUAGGCGACCAAUAUUAACAUAGGCGGAAAGGGCCACCCCUUGUAUUUAUUUUAAGGAUAUAUAAUCUAGGGACAUUGGCAGCGGCCGCAACAGGCGACUUAACCGAGUUAUUUCUAGUUAACUCAUCACAAUUAAGCGGUCUAAAAAAGGGCUAGUGCGGCCGCGCAUUUUGGGUCUUAACCGAGUCUUAACCGGGUUAUGUAUUAAUCUCGCAAGAACAAUAGAUUUUCUUAACUGGGUCAGGUUUUUUUAAGCUAUCUUGCGGGUGGUUUAACGCAGGUUAACGUUAUCAAUCAAUCAAUCAAUCAUCUAUGCCUUCGCGUGAGAAUUAUCCGAAUUUAGGUUUUGUCGUGUACUCAAGCGCUGCAUUUUCGAAAAUUACUUUGUUCCCUCCUUCUUUUCUUAACGCAGUUGAGUCGAACCGCUCGUAAACAUUUAACCCGAUUAAACUCUUUUAAUCAGGUUACGUUUUGAAGAAUUUUUGAACAGGUUAUUCAAACAAUAACCCAGUUAACUUGAUAAGUGCGGCCGCAGCUACUGUUAAUAGUGGUUUGCUUGGACUGCUGAGUAGACUUUUCUUCUUUUCUUUUAUCAUGCGCUAGAGAGAUUGCUUCACUUUAAGGGCAGGUGGGGGGACGACCUGUACUUGGGAAUGAACAAAAAAGGCCCAACUGUAGUCUACAAUAAUAAAGGCUUCUUGUUUCAACUGAAGAGCAAGCCAUUUUCAAAUUUACAACAACAAACAAGUGAAUGCACCUUGCAACGAAACUGAGGCUCCUAUUCUACCCCAACUGACGACUCUUUAAGUAAGAGGUGACCAGGCGUCGGUUUGAACUUCUUUUUACUAAACAUUUUUCAUCAUCAUCAUCAUUAUUAUUCAUUUAGCUCUGAACUCUGGCUAUUCUUAUGCCAACAUACAUCCACAGAGUGAGUCAUAAUAAAUGACCCUGGGUCCCUUGCGGACACUCUCCUGGCACUUAGAAAAUAAGCACCUUCCUCAAAAUCCUGGCCGUUUUUGAUAACGUGGUUCUCAGUAGCGUAUAAUUCUAAUCUUUAUUCCCAGCUUGCCAAUCCAUUGUCCAAGUUUCUUAGCAGCACUUCCAAGAACCCCGACGAAAACCGGUACUACGUCCACCUAGCCACAUUCUUCUAAUUUCUCUCUUGAAAUCCUGAUUUUCUAUAUUUUUUCAAAUUCCAUUUCAUGUGACCUCCUAUAUCCAGGUAUAGUAAUGUCCCCGAUUAUACAAGUUAAAUUUAGUCUUCUUGCUUCAACGAUGUUAUGUCAUUGGAUGUUCAUAUCCCAAAGUAACUUUACUUCACCAUUUCCACAUAACCUUCACAACGCCAUUUUCUCUUUCCCUCCAGUUGGUUAAUUCACACAACUUCCAAUGUAAAAUUUUUGACACAUUAUCAUGCCGCUUUUUUUAUUAGUCCAUCUCUUUUAAACUUGUUUUUGCUGACAUUUUCUUCAGUUUCAAUAACACCAACAGCUUUUGUAUCUAUUAACAAUUCUUUUGUUGCAUUAUCAAGAUACCACCCAAAGUUGUUGUCUCACUCCGUACGCAACUUUCGCAUUUUAUAAUUAAAAUUAUUCCCCGCCCGCCUUUUAUUUUGCUCUAAACAAUCUCUCAACAUCUCCUUUUGGGUGUAGUGCACCGUUCAUUGCCAUCGUCUUUCUCGUGACCCUGCUCAAUGAUCUAACCCCUUUCUUCGUCCGUUCUGCCUGCUCCAUACCUGGAAACAGCCAAUGCUCAUUCGUUAAUCGCUGAUGUCUUAUUCUUACCGUUCAAAUAUGAUCUUAAUACAAGUCUCAAUCUCUUCUUGUACUAUCUGGUAAACUGUUCUUUCAUUUCCCCUUCCUUAAUCUUUCAGUGCGACCUCGUCAAUAUUCUACAUUCUUUGGCUAUCCGGUAAAACAAUUCCACCUAUUAUUAUACCACUUUCCCAUAUCUUAGUAUAAACAAUCCGCAUUUUUUUAUACCAAAUUCCAUUUCAAUAUCGCUGAGCUGACAAAUUGAACAGUCUGGACCAGCGAGUUUUUUUUUUUUUUGUGUAAUCGUUCCCAAACAACUUACGGUCAUCCAUGAAUAAAAGAUGGUUGCCCCUAUGAUGUCUGCUUCCCCACUCGUAGCAACCUUUAGCCUUUCUUAGGACCAAUGUCAAAGGGAAAACACAAACAGUGAUGGAGACAUACUGUUGCCUUAGAAUAUUCCUCUUCUUAUAUUUACGUCACCCAGGUUCUCUCCACACUACAUCAACUCCACUUUCCAUGCUUGCAUACUCUCCGCUAGGAACUUUCUAAGAUUCUCAGUCAGAUUCUCACUCUCCUAUCCAACUGUGUGGGAUCAUAUCGUAGUCAAUCCAGGCAAUCUUCUGUUGAUCUCUCGUUAAAUUUCUUUAAGUCAUUCCGCAUCUCUGUUGGGCUUUUUGCUCACACCUCAGAUGUCGUUCCAAAAUUCCUUGCUCUCUUCAGCAUCACGUAUCACAUCUUCGUCCCUGGUCUCACCAUAUAGGGUUUUAUAAACUUUCUUUUGGCUUUCGGAGAGGCGGUUCGGUCUGUAUUGUGUUAUUCUUUGUUCGUGCGUUUGAUAUUGGCACUCUUUGCAACUAUAAGCGAUAUUUCAGUACUUUUGUUGUAGUUUUUCUUCUUCUAGCUCUUCUUCUUCUUCUUCCUGUUCUUCUUCCUCUCCUUAUUAUUAAUACUAUUAUGAUUAAUUAUUAUUAUUAUUAUUAUUAUUAUUAUUAUUAUUAUCAUUAUUGUUAUAAAGACAGUGCCUUUAUUAGUUUGCUUACUUUGACUAAAACGAAACUUCUCUAGACAUUUUUGUUUUAAUUGUUAAGAAAAGGCCAGGGUAUACUUUGAAAUAGAUUUAGUUGAUGUUAUAUGCUAUGUCGGUGAACUUCGAUUUGGUUCACAGAGGUAGACGUAUACUAUUCGUCGUAUCAAUACAGAGUGACCACAGGAGAUAAUAAAGAUUUUUUCAAAGGAGCAGGAUUAUUGUGUGACCUUUGUCGCAAGCUCUGCAUGCUGCCUGCGGGAGGUAAGCUUUAUUGUCGUACUAUGAUUAAGAGUGGUGAUAUGACGCCAAGUGAUUAACUGACCGAAAACCCUUUAUUUGGCAUCUAUAUUUAUUACACCAAUGUAGCCAACGUGGUAAAUACUUGCGUUUUGAUCAAGAUGGCUGGUCAUUUGAUUGCCAAGUUAAAUUUUAGGCGUCUUUAUGCACCGAAAUAACGUGGGAAAAGGAAAUGAAGAAGGCCUAUUAUAUCCGAAAAAGCUAUCUAGCCAUUUUGAGAUUAAGUGGACAGUCCCUAGUCUUGGCGUGCGCAGAUAGCUAAUCAAAAUGCAAUAGUUUGAUGAGGGUGAUUUCCUGGCAAGUUAACGUACUUGCUUGAAAUAUAAAGAAUUUCAUACUUGCUUGAAGGUAGCCGUGUUCGGGGAAGACAUAUCAACACAUUUUCUGCGAUCAGGAUCACCUCCCCACCGCCCAGUAAAUCGGUGAUGCACAGCCCUGUCAUCCUAAGGAAUUAAUUCUCAGUUAAGGAUGGGGAGAGGAAUCUGUGCAACUGAUUACCUCAUUUUCGUUAAGAUCACCAACCUAUUCCCAUUUGGAUGGCGAUUCGCAGCGAUUUCAGAGAAAUAAAUACAAAUGCUGUUAAUUGGGAACAGAAAUAAACACAACUAUGGAGAUGAGUAAAAAUGUGGUUCAGUCGGGAAUUGAACCGGGGUCUCCAGAUUACUAAUAGGAUGCCUAGACCACUCGGCCACUAAACCAACCACGAUGGCAACGCGGCUGUUUAUUGACCUGAAGGUAGCCAGGUCCGGGGGAGACAUAUCAACACAUUUUCUGCAAUCAGGAUCACCUCUCUACCCCCCCUCCCCCCUUAGGCAACCAGUGAUGAACAGCCCUAUAGCCCCUGAGGAAUUAAUACUUAGUUAAGGAUUGGGGGGGGGGCGGUCUGGGCAACUAAAUACCUUUAUUAUCCUUAGGAUCACCAACCUGUUUCCAUUUGGAUGGCUAUCCACAGAGAUUUCUGACAAAUAAAUACAAAUACCGUCACUUGGGAACAUAAAUAAACAUAACUAAGGAAAUUAGUGAAAAUGUGGUUCUACACUGUUUGGCUAAUUCAAUAAAUAUGGCGGGAAAUUAGCCAUAGCCAUAACAUUGUGACAAUUUUAAUGAAGUUACGAAGGGUUUUCAUUGGAAAGCAUCUUUUAAAAUAUAGAUUGAAUUUAUGGUGUCAGUAAACUCGACCUCUAAUUCAAAAUUUGGCUCCAACUUUCAACGUAAAACUAACAUUACUCCAAGUGGAUUUUGUCAGACUAUGUUCCUGCUAAGUCUCGUCUCAUUCGGAAUAUUCCAUCGAAUUCUGUAUUCUGAAAAAAAACACCCAUUUCUGACCACUGUAAUAAAUCUGUGGGUGGUUGGAUUGCGAGACUUAGCAAUCAGGUUUGUUUGCCACAGAGCUAUAAGCUUGGCUUCGGUAAUCAAUGACUCAAAGAGAUAUCUCUCAUUAAACUGCCAUUAAUCUUCCAACUUCGAUCAUCAGUUCAUUGUAUUUUCAACGUGUACUGCGAGUAUGCCAGCAGUUUCCGGAUAUAUUCGUGUCGUUUACUGUUUAAGGUUACUUUAAAGGGUCUUGGUAUGCCUCUAGUCUCUUAGAAAGUUUAAAGAGGUCAGCUUUCGAAUUGGUUUUGGACUUCUCAGGAUCCUUACCUUUCUUCAAUAGCUGUGAAUUCAGUUACUCUACACUUGACUUACCUUAACAACCUUUAGCACCCGGCAAUCAUACAAUUAACCAACUCAGGCCCUGUUUACGAGGGCAACCCUGGUGUUAGGGUUACCCUAGCACUCGCAUAUUUUUUCCUUUUUUGCAUGACGUGUUUACAAGGCAGGUAGGGUUACCCUAGCGCUAGGGUAACCCUACCUGAGCGCUAGGGUUACCCUACCAAGAGGGUUACCCUACCUGCCUUGUAAACUCUCUGCUAGGGAAAACUCGCCUACCCGGGUCAACUUUCCGCCGUCAUGGGUGACCAGUAAUCGUGCCAAUUUAAACGGUAUUAUCUAAUUUCUGAGCUUAAUUAUAUACAUCUGAAAAAUAAAAAGUUAUUUUCUGUCUACGGUGAUAAUAUUUUCCCUUUUUUUCGUGAAUUUAACGUGUUUUCCAUAGAGAACUUCAAGAUUAUUUCAAAUCUUGGACCGUUACAAAGAAUGUCACGCAUGUCAAAACACGUCAGCAAAGCUGGUAAAGUUGAUCCGGGUGAUACCUGUGAAAUUUGCUUGUAAACCAGAGCACAAGGGUAACCCUCUCUCCUUGUAAAUAGGCCCUCAUUCAAGAAAUCGAGCGCCGACUUGAGUGGUUUUGGUUUACGAUCCACUAUAGCGAUUCAGGAUCUUUAGACGUGGCCAUCAUGCCAAAAGAUUAAAAUUCAGGCGAAGGAGACGAUAAUAGAUUAUAAAAAGAACAAACAUAGCAUCAAAGAAAACCUGCAAAACAUAGAGAAAUGCCAACAUCGCCGCCAUUUUCCCGAAACGCGUUUCCAUUUGCCGUCAGAAAUGACUGAAGCAAAUGAUUAAGACUGGCUAUACAGUGACUUUUUAUAUUUUACGUAGGAAAAUAAUUUUUUUUUUUCAACUAAGUAUUAUUAAUUUAAAACAGCUAUCAAGUGUUGUUUAUUUUGCUGAAAAAGGUAGUCACAUAAUUGUACAUAAUAAUAAAAAAACAUUAAGGAAGGUGGGAUCGCGCACCAUUUAUUUGGAAGAUGCAGUUUUUGUACCAUUAUUCAACUGAUGUUUAUGUGGUUGUUUUUAAUUCGUUCCAGAAACAGCUUCCUGGUCAUUCAAUAAACGUUUUAACUUCCAGAUAUACAGUAUUAAGGUAAUCAACUUAUUAUGUAUAUAAAGUUUUUCAUCUCAGCACAAAAAAUCAACUCAAAUGAGGUGUUUUAAGGACUUCCAGAAAAAAAAAUUAAGGAAUGAAUACGAAUUCAGUCUUUGUCGGCAAGAGAGGAUGAAUUGUUCCCAUACAUAUCUGAAUGGAUUUAUGAAAACAUGGCUUCACUUAGUGUCUAAGGGUCCUAUGCUAAGUGCGUCCUUGGUACCAAGACUUUGACCCUCCCCACCCAGGACAAUGGGUGAGACCAGGAACUUAAACUGGAGGAACUCCAGCUGAAAAAAGAGCAACACGAUUUGGAUGCAAAACGUCUACAGGCGAGCAUUGAUCAGCAACGCCAGUUUCAGCAACAACAAAGUGAAAUGAUGCGGCUAAUGCAAGAACAACAACAACAGCAGCAACAGCAACUCUUGGCGUCACAACAACUGAUGUUGAGACAGCUACAAGACCAAACUAAAGCACUGAUGAGUUUGUUGGACAAACUUGUGAACAAAUAACUACCUAAUUCACUUAAAAUUCACCAGUAUUGCUGGUAUAGCUGUCGCUUGAUUUUGAAAACCAGUUGUAUAUUGUAUUAACUAUUGUCUUUGUUUUGACAAGAGUCACGACCAACGUUUUCUGUCAGCGAUCAAUGUUUGUAUUUCAACAGUGGCACCGCAUUUUUCUUGUGCCGAGGAGCCCGCCUUUUGUUAUGUUCUAUUAUUGCAGUUAUCUCAUUGGAUGGUGGCAUAUUAGAAAAUAUUUUUUUUUGUCUAGGACAGUUGAAUAAUUUUUUUUGAAAAUUUGCAUUCUGUUGCGUAAACUGCAAUAAAAUUCCGUAUUUUCAGUCUGCUAUAAAAGAAACUAGUGAUACUUUAUGUGUUCGAAAACAGGUUUUAAAAAACUCCUUAGAAUAAAAAGGGCUGGGGAAUCCAGGGGAGGGAGUAUGUUGAGGCCAAAUAUUAAGCUCACAUUUCUAAUUUUAAAAUCUCUCUUGUAGGGUUAACAGUACUCUUUACUAAAAUCAGUUUAAUGAUUAAGACACGAUCAAGUUGCAUUGAAAAAAUUGUGAGUUGUAUUUCAGCCCCAAGGCUGUGGUCAUUAAUAACUAAAAAGCAGGAUAAGGGGUAGGGGCGGGUGGUCAGUAGGUUGCAGGCAUUACAAUUUUAUGUUAUAUAUUGCUUUAGACUCGAUAUAUUUUUCUAGGACUUUUCCUCCUUCCCCGUUGUGUUAUAAUGACCACAGUGCAAAUAUAUGGCUGUAUAACCUUUUGAAAAUGAGUAAUAACUGCAGAAUACAUUGGACCUCAGAAACCUAAUUGAAAUAUUCCUGUAUUUGGGGUGGAUCUAUUCCAAAAAACUUCCAAGUACUUGAUUGAUAAAGACAACUGUGAGCGUUUCUCAAGAGCGCACACACAAUGUACACUUUGCCAACAGGACUUAAGCCGAUUUUUAAGUUUUUCUUGAAAUGUUGGGAUGCAGAGUAGUUAACAAUGACACCAAAUAGCCAUUCUACCGAAACUCUGACUUGGCUCAUGGCCUUGUUGAACUGUUGCUCUGCUGCUGUCAAAUGACCGCCUUUGAAGGGCCGUUGUAAAUGGACACGCAAAAGGUAGGCAGGGUCGCUAUAAACGCAUAAGGGUGUCCCGUCCGGUGCAAACGAGUAAUGCGAUAAUUCUUGCAGAAGUCCUGAGUCGACUAGCAUACCACUAUCGUGUCUCCUGCCCUUGACUGCACCAAACAUACUUGCGAUAAGCCCAUUUGGCGCAACUACGGACUGAAACUUUAUCCCACGCACCCUUUUAACAGCGGCUUUCCGUAAAUAUCGACCCACGGUAGGCACAAGUUCAAAAUUUGAUUUCGCUAAUUUUUGGCUCAUCGAUAACCCUUAAUGAGUAAUGAAACAUGCUGUUGUUAGUUUUCCGUUUUGCUAUAGAGGAACGUUUUUGGCGAUUUGCUUUGCCGAUGGUGUUUCAUCCUCGAUCGAAACGAGUUAAAAUAUUUUCUGAAACGUUCGUUACAAAGUAUCUUUAUAAGCGUGAUCAUAAUACAUCGAAACGUACAUGUAUACUUAUAGUUACAUAAUUACUUGAAAGAGAAAACUCGCAAGAAAAAAGAAAGUUUUCUGAUUAGGUAAUAUUGGUUGUCCACGUCUUACAUUUAAUGUAUUUAUGCCUUUAUUUUUGGACGGAUGGUUAAAUUAAUAAAACACACCACUGUACUUGUUAAAGCCUGUUUCCUUUGGGCUCGGUCGUCGACGUCUUGCCGACGUCGCUCAAAAAAGGUGACUUUUGGACGAUUCUGCGUUAUAUAUUGUAUCCAAACAAAAUGUCUCUUCUAAAUAAGACAAGUGUAUUGAAAGAUGUAAUAUAGAUUGUAUGCUAGAAUUUGGCAUGUGAUGAGCGUUAAAUAGAGUGUUUAAAGUGUAUCUGUAGUUAACACCGCUGGCAUGACGGGCCGUGUAACGCUAUUUUUAACCACUGGGAUGUCGCGAUUUUCCGCAAAAUUAGGGUUGAACUCGAGGUCUUGCGGGCUACUUAAAAUCGUUUGCCCAGAGAUUUGUUUCUAUUUUCUGAUGCGUGGGGCUUAGUGAAGCCGUAGAAAGUCAAUUUGCGAAAUUCUAAGUUAUAGCGCAUUGUAAAAAUUUGCAUUAUUUUAUCCCUAUAAUUUUAAACGUUAGAAAUUGUCAAUAUAGCCUAUUUUUAACAAUACCUUUUUGGCCACAAAAUUAGUGCAGCUUUCACAAAUUUAUCGUCUUAUAAGAAAGAAAGGGUCAUUAAAACUAUUUGUGUUUUCAAAGGCUACCAAAUCGUCGUGGUUUGACGUACGAGUCAAUGAAAUUUGUGUAAAAUUUCGUUUUACCGGAAGUGGAUUUUGAGCUCCGAACGGGCAAAAUGAGUUUUCUCGAAUUUUCACAAAAGAACACGUUAUUUGAGAAAACUAACUACAGCAUGUUUCAUUACUCAUUAAGGGUUAUCGAUGAGCCAAAAAUGAGCAAUUCGAAUUUGGAACUUGUGCCACAAAAAGUCGAUUUUGGUCGAUAUUUACAGACAGUCUCUCUUAAGUCCGUUUUAGAGAAUUCUUUAGUUUUCAUCUGGCUUACAUAAGGAUCUCACUGUUCCGUCUUUGAAACCCCAACAGUUUUCGAGUAGAGCUCCUUUAUCAUGUAUAGUGGCAGCAAAAUGACGGAGACGGUCCCUGGAAAGCCAUGGCUGAUUUAAAUCUGCGAGGAGGUGGCUAUAUUCAUCGAACAAAUAGUCCAUCAUUCGGUUUGUAGUCACGCAAAGUUGUGGAACUGGUCUCUCGAAUCGAGCAACCAUAUCUGCAAAUCGACACGGGUAUGCAAAACACUUCAACAGCACACUCAAAGCCUCCGUUCCGUCCACAAGAACGCCAUUGGGGCAUUUCAUUAUGUCUGGAAUAUCAAGAACUUCUCCGAGUAAAUAAAUAUCGUUCUUGAAAAACCGAAACUCAGUCUUACACUCAUCAUCUGUCAUAGAACCAAGAUCGAAGCGACCAUACUUCCAAUAAGGAAAUUCGAGAUUUUCAGAAGAAUUUAAAUCGUACAACAGGGCAAACUCUGUCUCAUCAAUGCUUCCAUCUUGAUAGGCAAACAAUAAAGCUUCCCUUGCCUCUCUGAAUGUUGCCAUUUAUGAUAUAUAACACCAGGUAUAAAACGAAAAUGUGUUUAGCGGAGUUUAAAGGAUUUGCACAGCUCUGUCUCUGUCGUCGCGUUCGCAUUCGUAACUUUGUUUUUCCCGCGUUCGUGACGGCGUUCUCGCCGCGGGCCCUUCUCGGUUUCGGUGUUUUCAAACUGCGUCGCGUUCUGGUUCGUAAAGUCCCUACUAUUAACGAUGGGAGCCGGCGCGUUGGAGAUGCGCGCGGGGGAAGACGGGAGGAGUAGAAAGGGGAGACGACGUCGCUUCUUUUGCCCUUUUCUCCUUCCAGUCUUUACCUAAGCCUGGAUGCCAGGCAAGUUUUCCACGACCGCCGAUACGCGACCGCGUACAAAUAAUAGAGACGAGUCAGUUGGAACAGGCCCGUGUAUUUCUGUCUGAUUUCCUUAAAAUGUAACCACUGGGUUUUCGGCUGGUGCCGGGCACAGCCCGGCUCCAGAGCCAGCCCGGUGCCCAAAAAUGUAGGGGAGUUGACGUCUUGGUCGGUACAGCUGGAUAGCCCAGGGACUGCCCUAACAGUGGGUGGGUGGAUCAGGUCUUGGGCUCAAAACUAGUGGUGUAGGGAGGGGGCAACCCCUUCAGUAGGCAGCAGUGUUCAGUGCAGGCUUUGACUGGCGAGUACCUUGGUAUUAAUUUGCCCUAGCCAGCUGAAUCAGGCCUCUGCUGAGAAUGAUGAUCAUGAUAAUUGCAGAGCUCAGGGGGAGGUGCAGACAUUUUGUUUGGAUACAAUAUAUAACGCAGAAUCGCCCAAAAGUCGCCUUUUUUCAGCGACGUCGGCAAGACGUCGACGACCGAGCCCAAAGGAAACAGGCUUUAACAAGUACAGUGGUGUGUUUUAUUAAUUUAACCAUCCGUCCAAAGGCAUAAAUACAUUAAAUGUAAGACGUGGACAACCAAUAUUACCUAAUCAGAAAACUUUCUUUUUUCUUGCGAGUUUUCUCUUUCAAGUAAUUAUGUAACUAUAAGUAUACAUGUACGUUUCGAUGUAUUAUGAUCACGCUUAUAAAGAUACUUUGUAACGAACGUUUCAGAAAAUAUUUUAACUCGUUUCGAUCGAGGAUGAAACACCAUCGGCAAAGCAAAUCGCCAAAAACGUUCCUCUAUAGCAAAACGGAAAACUAACAACAGCAUGUUUCAUUACUCAUUAAGGGUUAUCGAUGAGCCAAAAAUGAGCGAAAUCAAAUUUUGAACUUGUGCCUACCGUGGGUCGAUAUUUACGGAAAGCCGCUGUUAAAAGGGUGCGUGGGAUAAAGUUUCAGUCCGUAGUUGCGCCAAAUGGGCUUAUCGCAAGUAUGUUUGGUGCAGUCAAGGGCAGGAGACACGAUAGUGGUAUGCUAGUCGACUCAGGACUUCUGCAAGAAUUAUCGCAUUACUCGUUUGCACCGGACGGGACACCCUUAUGCGUUUAUAGCGACCCUGCCUACCUUUUGCGUGUCCAUUUACAACGGCCCUUCAAAGGCGGUCAUUUGACAGCAGCAGAGCAACAGUUCAACAAGGCCAUGAGCCAAGUCAGAGUUUCGGUAGAAUGGCUAUUUGGUGUCAUUGUUAACUACUCUGCAUCCCAAGAUUUCAAGAAAAACUUAAAAAUCGGCUUAAGUCCUGUUGGCAAAGUGUACAUUGUGUGUGCGCUCUUGAGAAACGCUCACAGUUGUCUUUAUCAAUCAAGCACUUGGAAGUUUUUUGGAAUAGAUCCACCCCAAAUCCAGGAAUAUUUCAAUUAGGUUUCUGAGGUCCAAUGUAUUCUGCAGUUAUUACUCAUUUUCAAAAGGUUAUACAGCCAUAUAUUUGCACUGUGGUCAUUAUACCCCAACGGGGAAGGAGGAAAAGUCCUAGAAAAAUAUAUCGAGUCUAAAGCAAUAUAUAACAUAAAAUUGUAAUGCCUGCAACCUACUGACCACCCGCCCCUACCCCUUAUCCUGCUUUUUAGUUAUUAAUGACCACAGCCUUGGGGCUGAAAUACAACUCACAAUUUUUUCAAUGCAACUUGAUCGUGUCUUAAUCAUUAAACUGAUUUUAGUAAAGAGUACUGUUAACCCUACAAGAGAGAUUUUAAAAUUAGAAAUGUGAGCUUAAUAUUUGGCCUCAACAUACUCCCUCCCCUGGAUUCCCCAGCCCUUUUUAUUCUAAGGAGUUUUUUAAAACCUGUUUUCGAACACAUAAAGUAUCACUAGUUUCUUUUAUAGCAGACUGAAAAUACGGAAUUUUAUUGCAGUUUACGCAACAGAAUGCAAAUUUUCAAAAAAAAUUAUUCAACUGUCCUAGACAAAAAAAAAUAUUUUCUAAUAUGCCACCAUCCAAUGAGAUAACUGCAAUAAUAGAACAUAACAAAAGGCGGGCUCCUCGGCACAAGAAAAAUGCGGUGCCACUGUUGAAAUACAAACAUUGAUCGCUGACAGAAAACGUUGGUCGUGACUCUUGUCAAAACAAAGACAAUAGUUAAUACAAUAUACAACUGGUUUUCAAAAUCAAGCGACAGCUAUACCAGCAAUACUGGUGAAUUUUAAGUGAAUUAGGUAGUUAUUUGUUCACAAGUUUGUCCAACAAACUCAUCAGUGCUUUAGUUUGGUCUUGUAGCUGUCUCAACAUCAGUUGUUGUGACGCCAAGAGUUGCUGUUGCUGCUGUUGUUGUUGUUCUUGCAUUAGCCGCAUCAUUUCACUUUGUUGUUGCUGAAACUGGCGUUGCUGAUCAAUGCUCGCCUGUAGACGUUUUGCAUCUAAAUCGUGUUGCUCUUUUUUCAGCUGGAGUUCCUCCAGUUUAAGUUCCUGGUCUUUUCCCGCUGUUUUGGACAGGAACCACAUGGUCUCGCUGCCACUUCUUCGUUCUCUUUUCUUUACUUUUUCCUGAUCAUUUUCGCCUGAGUGUCUCUUCAUCGUCUCCGACACUUUCUCAAGUGCUUUAAGUCUCAUAUCUGUCUCUAUAAGUCUCAUAUCUGUCUCUAUCUGUCUCAUAUCUAUCAGCCUUUCCUUUCACACUUUCGUCGUCCUCUUUCAUUUCUGCAUUAGCUGUUUCUUCGAGAGCCAUAAUUUCUUCCACCGAGUUUUCAAGUUCUGUGGGCUCGGGUGGCGGGAUGCCCGAGCUCCUUUCCUCAGCUCUCAAUUUCUUUUUGAUUCAGUUAAUUAAAAUACCCACAUGAUCCCUUACGGACCUUUUAUCCACAGCAAAGACAGGCUUUUGACAGGUAUUCAAAGUGUUGGCUAUUCUAUCCCAAAUUUCGCUUCUUUGCGACGAACCCUUUCUUGUUUUGAACGGAUUCUCGGAAACAACCUAUCUGCAUAACAGGACAUCUUGCUCGCUUGUCCAGUACAUCACAUUACUGCGUGAAAAAAAAAAACAGUCUGUUUCAGUUUGUUUUCAAUGAAGAACAUAAAUACAAAGUUUAAACUCACUUCAAUCUUAUAGUUAAGCAGGACAGGAAAUUGAAUCUUCUAAUAAACUAAACUGGACUUACUUGCCAGUUUUCGACUUUGGUAUCGAACUCGGCGGGUCUGCGUGUUGGCCAUUCAUCAUAGCUGUAACCAAUUGACCUGCAGUAAAAGGCAAAUUAAAAUGUUUGUUUUGUAUUUUUUUACAAUAAAUAACAUUUUUAUGGACUUAGAUUUGUCUAUAAGGUAGCAAAAGAGAAUUUAAUUCUAGGUCAAAUUCAGUAGAAACUACUCACGUUUUCUCGAAACGCUGCAAGUGCCAACCUCGUGUUCUGAACGUGAAGAAGACGCGUUGCAGUUUAGCGCCAAGCAUGCGCAGUGAAGCACUUUGUGAGCAAAUUACUUCCGGUGACGUUUCAGGCUGCGUCGACCUCCGUUCCGUCCACAAGAACGCCAUUGGGGCAUUUCAUUAUGUCUGGAAUAUCAAGAACUUCUCCGAGUAAAUAAAUAUCGUUCUUGAAAAACCGAAACUCAGUCUUACACUCAUCAUCUGUCAUAGAACCAAGAUCGAAGCGACCAUACUUCCAAUAAGGAAAUUCGAGAUUUUCAGAAGAAUUUAAAUCGUACAACAGGGCAAACUCUGUCUCAUCAAUGCUUCCAUCUUGAUAGGCAAACAAUAAAGCUUCCCUUGCCUCUCUGAAUGUUGCCAUUUAUGAUAUAUAACACCAGGUAUAAAACGAAAAUGUGUUUAGCGGAGUUUAAAGGAUUUGCACAGCUCUGUCUCUGUCGUCGCGUUCGCAUUCGUAACUUUGUUUUUCCCGCGUUCGUGACGGCGUUCUCGCCGCGGGCCCUUCUCGGUUUCGGUGUUUUCAAACUGCGUCGCGUUCUGGUUCGUAAAGUCCCUACUAUUAACGAUGGGAGCCGGCGCGUUGGAGAUGCGCGCGGGGGAAGACGGGAGGAGUAGAAAGGGGAGACGACGUCGCUUCUUUUGCCCUUUUCUCCUUCCAGUCUUUACCUAAGCCUGGAUGCCAGGCAAGUUUUCCACGACCGCCGAUACGCGACCGCGUACAAAUAAUAGAGACGAGUCAGUUGGAACAGGCCCGUGUAUUUCUGUCUGAUUUCCUUAAAAUGUAACCACUGGGUUUUCGGCUGGUGCCGGGCACAGCCCGGCUCCAGAGCCAGCCCGGUGCCCAAAAAUGUAGGGGAGUUGACGUCUUGGUCGGUACAGCUGGAUAGCCCAGGGACUGCCCUAACAGUGGGUGGGUGGAUCAGGUCUUGGGCUCAAAACUAGUGGUGUAGGGAGGGGGCAACCCCUUCAGUAGGCAGCAGUGUUCAGUGCAGGCUUUGACUGGCGAGUACCUUGGUAUUAAUUUGCCCUAGCCAGCUGAAUCAGGCCUCUGCUGAGAAUGAUGAUCAUGAUAAUUGCAGAGCUCAGGGGGAGGUGCAGACAUUUUGUUUGGAUACAAUAUAUAACGCAGAAUCGCCCAAAAGUCGCCUUUUUUCAGCGACGUCGGCAAGACGUCGACGACCGAGCCCAAAGGAAACAGGCUUUAACAAGUACAGUGGUGUGUUUUAUUAAUUUAACCAUCCGUCCAAAGGCAUAAAUACAUUAAAUGUAAGACGUGGACAACCAAUAUUACCUAAUCAGAAAACUUUCUUUUUUCUUGCGAGUUUUCUCUUUCAAGUAAUUAUGUAACUAUAAGUAUACAUGUACGUUUCGAUGUAUUAUGAUCACGCUUAUAAAGAUACUUUGUAACGAACGUUUCAGAAAAUAUUUUAACUCGUUUCGAUCGAGGAUGAAACACCAUCGGCAAAGCAAAUCGCCAAAAACGUUCCUCUAUAGCAAAACGGAAAACUAACAACAGCAUGUUUCAUUACUCAUUAAGGGUUAUCGAUGAGCCAAAAAUGAGCGAAAUCAAAUUUUGAACUUGUGCCUACCGUGGGUCGAUAUUUACGGAAAGCCGCUGUUAAAAGGGUGCGUGGGAUAAAGUUUCAGUCCGUAGUUGCGCCAAAUGGGCUUAUCGCAAGUAUGUUUGGUGCAGUCAAGGGCAGGAGACACGAUAGUGGUAUGCUAGUCGACUCAGGACUUCUGCAAGAAUUAUCGCAUUACUCGUUUGCACCGGACGGGACACCCUUAUGCGUUUAUAGCGACCCUGCCUACCUUUUGCGUGUCCAUUUACAACGGCCCUUCAAAGGCGGUCAUUUGACAGCAGCAGAGCAACAGUUCAACAAGGCCAUGAGCCAAGUCAGAGUUUCGGUAGAAUGGCUAUUUGGUGUCAUUGUUAACUACUCUGCAUCCCAAGAUUUCAAGAAAAACUUAAAAAUCGGCUUAAGUCCUGUUGGCAAAGUGUACAUUGUGUGUGCGCUCUUGAGAAACGCUCACAGUUGUCUUUAUCAAUCAAGCACUUGGAAGUUUUUUGGAAUAGAUCCACCCCAAAUCCAGGAAUAUUUCAAUUAGGUUUCUGAGGUCCAAUGUAUUCUGCAGUUAUUACUCAUUUUCAAAAGGUUAUACAGCCAUAUAUUUGCACUGUGGUCAUUAUAACACAACGGGGAAGGAGGAAAAGUCCUAGAAAAAUAUAUCGAGUCUAAAGCAAUAUAUAACAUAAAAUUGUAAUGCCUGCAACCUACUGACCACCCGCCCCUACCCCUUAUCCUGCUUUUUAGUUAUUAAUGACCACAGCCUUGGGGCUGAAAUACAACUCACAAUUUUUUCAAUGCAACUUGAUCGUGUCUUAAUCAUUAAACUGAUUUUAGUAAAGAGUACUGUUAACCCUACAAGAGAGAUUUUAAAAUUAGAAAUGUGAGCUUAAUAUUUGGCCUCAACAUACUCCCUCCCCUGGAUUCCCCAGCCCUUUUUAUUCUAAGGAGUUUUUUAAAACCUGUUUUCGAACACAUAAAGUAUCACUAGUUUCUUUUAUAGCAGACUGAAAAUACGGAAUUUUAUUGCAGUUUACGCAACAGAAUGCAAAUUUUCAAAAAAAAUUAUUCAACUGUCCUAGACAAAAAAAAAUAUUUUCUAAUAUGCCACCAUCCAAUGAGAUAACUGCAAUAAUAGAACAUAACAAAAGGCGGGCUCCUCGGCACAAGAAAAAUGCGGUGCCACUGUUGAAAUACAAACAUUGAUCGCUGACAGAAAACGUUGGUCGUGACUCUUGUCAAAACAAAGACAAUAGUUAAUACAAUAUACAACUGGUUUUCAAAAUCAAGCGACAGCUAUACCAGCAAUACUGGUGAAUUUUAAGUGAAUUAGGUAGUUAUUUGUUCACAAGUUUGUCCAACAAACUCAUCAGUGCUUUAGUUUGGUCUUGUAGCUGUCUCAACAUCAGUUGUUGUGACGCCAAGAGUUGCUGUUGCUGCUGUUGUUGUUGUUCUUGCAUUAGCCGCAUCAUUUCACUUUGUUGUUGCUGAAACUGGCGUUGCUGAUCAAUGCUCGCCUGUAGACGUUUUGCAUCUAAAUCGUGUUGCUCUUUUUUCAGCUGGAGUUCCUCCAGUUUAAGUUCCUGGUCUUUUCCCGCUGUUUUGGACAGGAACCACAUGGUCUCGCUGCCACUUCUUCGUUCUCUUUUCUUUACUUUUUCCUGAUCAUUUUCGCCUGAGUGUCUCUUCAUCGUCUCCGACACUUUCUCAAGUGCUUUAAGUCUCAUAUCUGUCUCUAUAAGUCUCAUAUCUGUCUCUAUCUGUCUCAUAUCUAUCAGCCUUUCCUUUCACACUUUCGUCGUCCUCUUUCAUUUCUGCAUUAGCUGUUUCUUCGAGAGCCAUAAUUUCUUCCACCGAGUUUUCAAGUUCUGUGGGCUCGGGUGGCGGGAUGCCCGAGCUCCUUUCCUCAGCUCUCAAUUUCUUUUUGAUUCAGUUAAUUAAAAUACCCACAUGAUCCCUUACGGACCUUUUAUCCACAGCAAAGACAGGCUUUUGACAGGUAUUCAAAGUGUUGGCUAUUCUAUCCCAAAUUUCGCUUCUUUGCGACGAACCCUUUCUUGUUUUGAACGGAUUCUCGGAAACAACCUAUCUGCAUAACAGGACAUCUUGCUCGCUUGUCCAGUACAUCACAUUACUGCGUGAAAAAAAAAAACAGUCUGUUUCAGUUUGUUUUCAAUGAAGAACAUAAAUACAAAGUUUAAACUCACUUCAAUCUUAUAGUUAAGCAGGACAGGAAAUUGAAUCUUCUAAUAAACUAAACUGGACUUACUUGCCAGUUUUCGACUUUGGUAUCGAACUCGGCGGGUCUGCGUGUUGGCCAUUCAUCAUAGCUGUAACCAAUUGACCUGCAGUAAAAGGCAAAUUAAAAUGUUUGUUUUGUAUUUUUUUACAAUAAAUAACAUUUUUAUGGACUUAGAUUUGUCUAUAAGGUAGCAAAAGAGAAUUUAAUUCUAGGUCAAAUUCAGUAGAAACUACUCACGUUUUCUCGAAACGCUGCAAGUGCCAACCUCGUGUUCUGAACGUGAAGAAGACGCGUUGCAGUUUAGCGCCAAGCAUGCGCAGUGAAGCACUUUGUGAGCAAAUUACUUCCGGUGACGUUUCAGGCUGCGUCGUGUUCUGGUUCGUAAAGUCCCCAGUGAGUUUACCCAACAGGACGGCACAAAGAAGAGGACGGCAAAACGCUUGUGGUGAUCUUCACUUAAGUUAAUGUUCUCUGGUCUUUUACAAAACGACCUGUUUAAAGCAGGGUGAAGUUCGGCGGAAAAGUUUUUCAAACAAAAUUAUUGUCACGCUUGUCACACAAGGUUUGCCGUUUACUUUCCUCUCCCGUCCUGUUGGCUAAGCUCACUAAUAGCGGAGGUCUCGCGCACGCGAAGUGCGCCCCAGCGGAGCACCAUAGGUAAGUAAAUCUACCCGUCCCAGAAAAUUUGGUAAUCGUAAUCACGUGACCGUACAUCGAGCGCCCGAACGAACGACCGUCCAUCCGCACCACAGGGAAACCAAUGUUUCCUCUCACACUUUCUAGGUAGUUUGGAAGCCCAGGAGAAAUCUGAUUGCAGAUCGAUGUUGUGAUCAAUUGACAGCUGUCAAAACAGUGUAUCCGCUGACCAGUAUCACCUGACCGUAUCACGGGCUCAGGCGUCGACCCAUCGAGUUCGAGUAUUUUUUGAAGUUAUCCGCUGCCAAGUUACUAGUUUUUAAAUGAUCGCAGGCUCAAGUUUAUUUUUUGAAAAAAUUCAUUUGUAAUAUGUUGUGUUUAUGUCACUAUGGCACCGAACUAUUAAGAUUUUGAUUUCAAACUAACUUCCGACGCGAAAAUUCAGCCAGUUAUUUAAAAAUACAGGCAGGAAAGACCUUUUCUUUCCAUGGUCACGCGUUGGUCGCACUAUGUGUCCAAUUUUUAUGCUCUGAUUGGUCAUAAUUUGACAGGUGAGUUCAUGCGGAUACUUUAUGCAGCAUCUUGAAACUUGUUUACUUUGACAGCUGAAGCUGACAGAGUUUGUGUCAACUUGUGAUGUUUUUAACUGUCUUUUCCACUGGAUAUACAAAAUGAAAUACAGCUGCUAUCAAGAGUCUUCUGUUAUUCAUAGCUGGUUUGUUUAUUGGGUUUUGUUUGAGAAAUGCGUCGCUUAUGAAAGUCGGAAAUCCGAUUUUGGUUGGCAUCGUUUUUGUUUUUCACCUUGCUUGAAGCGAAAUGUUAAAGAGGGUUAAAAACUCUCAAGCGAUUCUGGCCUUACUUGAUAGCUUUCAGGGGCUGCAUCUCGAAUGGUAAGCCUGAAUUAUCUAUAAAUUUCAUGAAGUCAAGCGUAGUUUAUGAGGCAGGUUUAUGCACGUUUUUAAGAUUUGAGACAAUGAUCUGACCGAGAAUCAGGUUUGAUUUAAACUUACAGAACUUUAUAAAGCCUUUAGAUAUAUUUUUUCACUGUAAAUAGAAAGAAAACGUUCCGGGAAAUAUUUAGUUAUAAAUUUGGCCGUAGAAAGAAAGCUUUGAGCGAACUUCUCGCCUCGAGUUCAUCUUUGAAAAAAACAAGCACCGGGAAGCCGGCUUAAAACAUAAACUUUUGACUCAGGAUUUUAAGUAAACAUAAUAAAUUCUUUAUUAUGUUGAAGCGUAACUCUAAUAAUGUUCAUUUAAACACUCCCACACAGCUCCCACUGCAAAUUUGGCGCUUGUCAAAAGUGAGAACCGGCUGGCCGUAUGGGUGAUUUUGGAAUUUUUUUAAACGGUCUGGCGAAAGGCCCACGAUUGAUCAUCCUGAAUAUUGAAUGAGUGCAAUUUGUCUUGAAAAAUUGCGAAAUACUGCAUCCUAGGUUUGUAUGAUAAAUACAGCGUCUCAUAGUACUGUUUUACCUCAGAUGUGAUGCACUGAAAAGUAUAAAACGGAGCCCCUGAUUGGUGCGGCUUAGGGGAAGUAGAUUGAUGCCCGUCAAUCAACUGUCAGUCUAUAUUGUUUAUUCCGUUUUCGUUUGUAUGCAACUGCGGGAAAGAAUUAUUCUGAAUUCAGAAAUGGCGGACGUAAGAGCGAUUUUUAACUCUGCUGUCGAAACAAGUCUUUUGGAAUCGCUGGGAGUGUCGCGUGUAUUACGCAAUGAGAAAGUCAAAGCAAUUUCUAGACUGGCAUCAGGACAAGAAUUACUAGCAGUGCUAAAACGCUACCCCACUUUUACCUCAGGCCAAAAUGCUGCUUGUUCCAAUACGUUUUUUUUCGAUUAUACUCUGGAGGAUUCUAUGUUUUGACAAAGCAAAUGUGAUUUUAGCCAUUUGUUUCACACUGAGAGGUCAUGACACGCUUAUUGAUUUCCUGUGGUUUCUGAAUUUCUGGUCGGCAUAAUUUGCCCUCUGUUGCAAGAGCAUUUUGGCUCAACAAGUAAGGCUUUUAGGUCCUUUAUUUUUUGUCCAAAGUGUCUCAGGAUCUGAAUAACUAAUCGAUUUUCUUCUAGUCCCUGAACGUGAUGUUUUCCUGCAAUGUUGUAUCACGCUGGGUCCAGCUCGUUAGUGUUGUUGCAAAAGCAUUUUCUUUGACCUCUUUUGAGGUCAAAAUAAGGCUUUUAGGUUUUUUAAUUUUCUCCAAAAGAGAAAAUGAGAGAGACUUUCUUGAUUUGCCUUUAGUAGCCGACGUGGAACCUUCAAUCGAGGGUGACUUAGCUGCUCGCGAAUUGACACGGAUGGAUUUUGAUUUUCUCCAUGCUGGUCUGGCUUUGUGUCCUACGUGUAAUGAGUAUGCUUGCUGCUCUUAACCGGGGUACUUGCCGUGGAUGUAAUUGCAGCUUUGAUGAACUGGUAAAACUGGCCCAAGUUAUGAAUGUUCCGGCCACAUGGGUUACAGACCCGAUAAGAAUAUUGUAUGAAAUGAACAAACGGCAAUCCAACUUCUCUUCAACUUUCGGCUUACACAACCGCAAAGCACUCCUUUUGUUGUGAUGGCCUGAACAGAUUUUCUGAGAACAAUGGCCUUGCUUUCCAAGAUUGCUUCCAAAUUUAACUUUAAACGAAGUCGCACAUAACCUACAAUAAUCACUGACACUCGAAUCAGACGACAACACUUUCCUUCCCGUAAACUAGCAGCUUGUAUAAUGUACACUACAGAUGUGUUUAUUUUUAUUUUAUCGAAGUGAAGAGAGCUUGCGGUGCAAUAGUUCUUCGGUGUUGAUUGGUCGGCUACUCAUUUCCGGAACAGCGGUCAAGCGCGACUAAUUAGGGGGUGUUUCUCAUUUUCACAGUGUCUUCGUGCAGGCGUUUCCUCUUCUCUCUCCCCGCCCCCUACCCCGCUCCUUUUGACUCGCCCAAUUUUCUCCCCUCUUGUAGAGUUUCAACAUGCGCUUUCGCAAGCAAAACAUUCGCGCACCCGAAGAAAACGCCUGCACUGCAGGCUAGGUUAAUACUCUCCCCCAGAUUUGUUGGCAAGAUUUUGUAAAGAACUUGUCGAUCACAAAUAAUUCGGCCUGAAUGUGAUCGAAGAUGAUUGCUAUUUUGGGGUGUACAUAUAAGGCUAUCAAGUCAAUGUAAGAUGUUUCACUCUAAAAUCACUUAGCCUUUCCCUCAAAUUAAGUCACAUGAAUGUGCGCUUAUAAUAAGUUAACUGGUUUGUGGAUUACAGGUUUGUUUGAUUUAAUAAAUUAUAAAUGUAUUAAUGAAAGCUUCGAUUCUAGACCUGGCUAAAUCUAUAUAUUAAGUAAGAGAAGCAAAAGAGAAGGCUGGGGAUACGUCAGCUCUCUCGAUUUUCCCUCUUUAAUUUUCAAGAGAGAUAAAAACAAACCACUGGGGAUUAGUCAACUCUUUCAAUUUUUCAAUCUCUUCUUGCUUUGAUACCUGUUGAAAACAUAUUUUAAGAACGAUACCUGAUUGGUCGUUUCGGAUGACUUCAUGUACUUUAAGUACUGGUUUGAGUAAUACACGAAGCGCAAUAAGCACAAACAAGAUGGUUAGCCACGGAAAAUAGCAUACAGCCUUAAUUGUAGCCUGCGAACGGCAGACGUUUCUCCUCGCUCAUCGCCGCUGAGGGACGUUUUCGCGAGGAGGAAAGUCUGCGACUCAGCGACAGAAAUUCCAUACAGAUGACAUAAAAUCUGUUCGGGAUCCGGUCAGAAGUGCUAAUUGGUCGACGGAGUAGUUUCAUUGUUCUAGCUAUUGUUUACGAAUAACAGACUCAAAAGACAAAAAGCGGCAAAGGUCAAAUGUAAACGCGAUGAAUCUCUAACAAAACAGUCAAUAUUUGUGGAAUAUAGUCUUCUCUAGAAGAAGCAUUUGAGUUUUGCUGGAGCUCAUUCGCAGGUGAACACAAUUCUUUUCCAAAAUCGACCAGGAGAAACGUAAAAUUGAGCAAAUUUACAUUUGGAACCCCAUGACUACCGGAUUUAUUAAGUAAACAUUGAUUUACGUCAUCAGUAUGGAAUUUCUGUCGCUGAGUCGCAGACGUUCCUCCUCGCGAAACGUCCCUCAGCGGCGAUGAACGAGGAGAAACGACUGCCGUUCGCAGGCUACCUGAAUUGCUGUUUUUUGUACACUUGGUGCUCAAACCAUGCAGCUUUAAGGGUUGCUAAGCGAUAUCUUAAGUCUGGAUGGUAACCGAGAUCACUCGUUCGUGUACUAGAAGAGGGACCUUUAAAGCGUGAGUGCAAACUAAAAAUUCAUUGAUAAAAAUUUCGAUGACGCAUGGGUGUCCUCUCUUAUACCUAAGCUUCCCAUGUCAGCAAGAGAGGGCGUCAGUUAACUUCGUCAGAACUUACAUGGGACUACGCGGACAUUAAACUCGAGGCUAAAUACUAAGAAAAAAACCGUGUUUGUUAGGCUACAUUGAAUGCCCUUAUUUUGUCAAGACAAAAAUUGGCAAAAAUUGCGUUUUGGUUUUUUUCACCAGAAUUUAUUUCGUAUUUUUCUCAGAUUAAUGUAAUUCUCAAAAUAUUCUAACUUGUUUUUAAGUUUUACAUUGAUCUUCUUUUCCUUUUCAAUUUAAGGGAACUUUCAAAGGAAGGGUUGAAGCCUACAACCAGGACCUCGUGAUGUGGAUGUGUUUUGAAGGAGAAGUCCAAUUUCCCUGA